CUUUUGACGUCAUCCGCAGGCGUCGGGGAGGCUGCCCGGGCUCGGCCCACGUAGGGCGGCGCGUUACCUUUCUCUCUCUCUCCGGCGAGCAGGGCUGGUGGGGGUGUCAUGGCUCCCGCCGCGCAGCCUCCGGAGGUUCAGUUCGCACAGAGGCUGGCCGCCAACGAGAAGCGAGUUCGGGACCGGGCGCUGAAGAAGCUGCGCGGCUACCUCGCUCUCCGGACUCGGAGCCCGGCGAGUACCUUUAGCCAGGAAGAAUGGCUGAAAAUAUGGAAAGGACUAUUCUACUGCAUGUGGAUGCAGGAUAAACCCCUGCUUCAGGAGGAGUUAUCGAACAAUAUAGCACAACUUACCCAUGUAAUAGAGAAUAUAGAUGCUUGGCAUUUGUUCAUUCAGACUUUCUGGCAGACCAUGAACCGUGAGUGGAAUGGAAUAGACAACCUGCGCUUAGAUAAAUUUUACAUGUUGAUCCGCAUGGUGCUGAGACAGUCCUUUGAAGUAUUGAAAAGAAAUGGAUGGAAUGAAAGUUUUACUGAGCCAUUUCUGAACCUGCUAAUGAAGGAGGUUAUUCACCCAGACAGCAAGGCUCCUGUUGGGAUAAAAUUGCAUUUUAUUGACAUCUAUCUGGAAGAAUUGGCUAAAGUUGGUGCUAAAGAGCUCACCGCAGACCAGAAUCUCAAAUUUAUAGAACCAUUCUGCAAAAUCGUUGCCAAGACCAAGGAUCAUCUUUUGCUGCAAGCCAUAAUCCGUGGCAUCUUUGAAACCAUUGUUGAUCAGUCCCCGUUUGCUAUAGAAGAUUUAAUGAAAGAACUGAAAGCGGGGAGUGAUGAUGACUUAUCGGAAGAAGAUGAAAGUAACGAAGGAGAGAACGAGCCAGUCGUCAAUGGCACAGACUUGCCAAGCAAACAUUCCCUAGAUUCAGAGGCACCAGACAACCUUUUAGAAGAUGCAGAUGAUAACAUUGGGCCUGUUCUCCAGUUUGAUUAUAAAACUGUUGGCGACACACUGUUUGAAUUGGCCAGCAGAAAAAACACACCUGCUUAUAACAGAAAGUGCCUGUACAAAGUGGUGAAAAAGUUCCAAAACCUUGCAGAAGGGACCUUUCCACAGGAUGACUUCCCUGAAGACGUUUCUACAGAUGAAGAUGAUGAUACCUUCAGCAGGAGGAAGUGGAAAAGGAAAUCUGGCAAACCCUCUGAUAAAACACAACCAGAAAAAGAAGUUCGUGCUAGAAACAUAAUAAAUGGUCUUGAGGAAGAGGAGGAGAGCCCAGGGCCACAGAAGAAAAAGAAGAAGAAGCGAAAGAGGAAGUCCAGCCAGAUGGUUGACUUUGGUAUAGCUGCUGAAUGUAAUGAGAAGGGACUGGUCCCUGAGGAAGGAUCCAAAGAGCCAAACCAGGACAGUGAAUCAUUAAAUAGUAAGAAAAGACCAAAGAAGUCUUUAAGCAUGGAGGUCAGUGAAAUGGAUUCUUCAGCCGCACCCACUGUAGGUAUCAGUGGUGAUUCUGUGCUGGAGACCUUGACUUGUUUGGUAAACAGCAUAAAGAAACAGCCCAAGAAGAAAAAUGGCCGCCUGCGGAAAGUCCCUAUAGAAUUCACCCAUCAAAAUGGACAGGCUCAUAUAAGUACCGAGGAAGAUCCCAGCCACUGUGCUCCAGUAGCCUGUGGUAGCAAAGCAAUUAAGAAGAAACGGAAAGCAGAGACUGGCGGGAUAUCUGGGAGCAGUUUUUCUGAAGAGGCUGUUGAGCAGCCCAAAAAGGAAAACUUGGCAGAAUCUGGAUGCACAGUGCUCCGAAAAGUUAAAUUGAGGAAAAAACAAAAUUUGGUCAAGAUUAGGGGUUCCAAGCAGAAAAUAAUCAGCAUGAAAAAGAAAAAGAAAAUCAAGGAAGUCCUAAGUUCCAUGGAAGAAGCUGUAACUGAAGUUGAAAACAAAAAGAGCAGAAGCAGUGAAACAGGUGGCGCUGCUGUGCUGCUAAGGAACAAGAAGGCAAAGACGGGAAAUGAUUUUGUGAAAUUUGAAAAGACAACUCUACCAAAGCCAGUGUUCUUUAGAAAAGCUAAAGCCAGCAUUUCCCCCAUGCAGUUAAGCAAGCUGCAAUCUUCCAACUCCAAAAAGGUCACCUUUGGACUGAGUAAAAACAUGACUGCUGAAUUUAAGACAACAGACAAAAGUAUCCUGGUCACCCCAGAGGGAGCCUCCCGGGUGGCUUUCAAUCCUGAGCAAAAACCAUCUCACGGGGUGCUGAAGUCCCCUGCCAGCUCUUCUGCAGAAGCAACACCUCAAAUGAAGAAAUCCCUUUUAAUGCCAACUAAGAAAAGACCAACUGCUAUUGACUUCUUCUAAGCCGCUAAGGAGAGGAGUAGUUUUUGUACAGAACAGUCCAGUAUAACCAGUUGCUUCUGGAGGUAUUUUGGGAAUCUUCCUUUUCAAGUUAAUGGGAUAGUAUACAUAAGGUUCUGAUUGUGUGACCCUUGGUGCUGUCAACUGUAAUAAGCACCUAUUUGGCUGUACAUUGAGACUGUUUUGUGUAUGCUGUUAACAAAAGAAAGGUAAUGGCACAUGACCUUAGGGUUCCAAUUAUGGAGGCCCAUAUUUUAUUUUAUUUUAUUUUAUUUUUGAAAUAACCCUAUCACAUUGUGAAUGAAUGUGUACAGAUUUGUUCUGAACUGUUCUUGCUUGCACUCUUUUAAUCAUUGGUGGUUGUUUUUCCUAGUGAAGAGGUUUUUGGCAUUUAUUGGCUUAAUUCCAUGGGAGCUAAGUAG